UUUUCUGGGAUAUCCUCCGGAAAAAAAAAAUGUUGCUUUAGAUGAACAAGGAAACACCUAAUACGGUGCGUUUCGAUUGAAAAAUUCACAACAACGAUUGCGCCGCUUUGGUGAACAAUCAGGAGGGAGGUCUCGCUUCCCAAGAAGAAGAGGGAAAUAGAAGUCACGGUUGAACAAAACUGAGUUAUUGUGGUAUCUUUCUCUCUCUCUCUCUCUCUCUCUAAAAUUGCGUCGUCGUCGGAGAUAAUUCGGCUGCCGGUGGUUCAUCGUGAAACUCAACCUUUAGUCCUGUAUACUGGGAAUUAUGGCUUCCCUGAAUGAUUCUAAAGGCAGCGGUACCUUUCACAUGACUAUGGUGAGUGAAGGUAGUACUCAAUCUAAAGAUGGGUGGAGGGUAAUGGGGAAUGAAGAGAAGAAGGCUGCCUUGCAUGAGGAAAUGAAGAGAAUGAAUCAACUUCCUGCAAACAGCAGUUAUGCUUCUCAUCGGCUGCGGGUUAUCAAUAAAGUUCUGUCACUUAUGUCUCUUCAGAGGACUACAUCACAGGAUAAGGAAUUGGAAUUGCUUUUUGCUGGGCUGUCUCUUUGAACCAACUAUCUAGACAGUGGUCAGUUCAAUUGAGACUAUCAAAUCAUGGAUUAAAGCAUGGAGACAAAAAAGGUUCGAAUCUUCUACGCAAGAAAUUGUACUUCUCUGCAUGCUGACACGUAUUCUGGUGCGCUUCUUUAACAGUCGCUGACAGUGGGAGGAGGUUGUAAUCUUGCAACUAUAUUUUGCUUUUAUUUAUGCUUUGAUGAUCUUGGCACUGGAAUGUACUAGUGAUACAAUAUAUGUAAGAUAGAUUAUCAAAUAUCCGUUUUCUUUUGCAAAUGUUUUUUAUUUGUAAUUGAAGUUUUUGCGUUCAUAUGUAAAUCCGAUCUCAACUUUAAUGGAUGACUGCUUGAGU